AUGGCUUUUGGGUUCAACGCCUCGAACAACACCAUGAAUGGGGGCGCGGGAAAUGCCAAUGCAGGCCCAGACCUGGAUACUAUUCAAACCGAGGCCCUUGGCUUCCUGGCCAUUGCUGGCGAUGCCAAAGUUCGCCUUACUUCUCCCUGGGAGUCGCUUCCUACUCCUACGUCCUCGCUCCUGAGCGUUGCCUCAAAGAGAGGCCUGGUUGCUGCCGCCGGCCCUGACCAAGUCAUCAUCGCCACAACUGAGUCGAUUCGAAAAGCCUUCGAGGGACCCAAAAAUGGGGAUUCGGAUAUUCGAAGCUUCGAGCCUCAGCUCAAGAUCCCCAUGUCUAUGCGGGUAUCGCAGCUAGUGUUCACCGCCGACGAGAAUUACCUGGUGCUAUCAGCGGAAUCCGGCGGCGGCCUUGCCGUGUACGAAGUGCAGAGCCUUCUCCAGGGAUCCUCCAAUUCUGCGUUUGAGCUAUCUACGAAUGGGGAAGCGUUGAGGUCACUGGUGCCAAAUCCCAUGGCCCCAGAGCUCUGUGCUAUUGUCACCAAUGGCGGCAAUCUCCAUAUUGCAAAUCUCCAGGAGCGGAAAAUCAGCAACGCGCUGAAGAGCCAAGUUAGCUGUAUUUCCUGGAGCUCAAAAGGCAAACAGCUUUGUGCCGGAUUGGCUGAUGGAACUAUUCACCAAAUGACUCCUGAGGGAGAAGGCAAAGCCGAUAUCCCUAAGCCUCCCAACUUGGGCGACUGUCACGUAUCAUCACUCACAUGGCUUGAGAAUAACCUCUUCCUUGCCAUUCAUACAACUAGCGACUCCCCUCCUUCUUCGGUUUAUCACAUCAUUACACGCCAACUGCCCUCAACCUUCACCUACCAAAAACUUUCGGAUCCUGUUGACCCAUUUGGAUCUGAAAAGAUACCCCACCAUACCAUACUGAGACUGAGGGACUUCCCUCCCGAUCUUCAGGAUCUCCUUAUUGUUUCAUCUACGGCAACAGCUGAUAUCGGUCUGUUGACCCGAUCCAAAAGCGCUCUUGCAAGCGAUAAGCCUGCCGACUCCAUCACAGGCGUUUUUACAACUACCGAACUACUCGAUGACUCUAAGCGACCCACCCUUCCAAUGACUGAAACCAUGGAUGAUUCGACCACCAUCGGAAUUGCCCUGGAUCUAUCUAGCAAGGACAAAGUCUAUAAGCCUAUUCCGUCGGAUGAAGAGCUUGAAGAAUCGCCUACGCCUUUACCAGGAUUCUGGGUUCUGACUCACGAAGGUGUACUCUGCUCCUGGUGGGUCAUUUAUACUGACUCUAUUAAGAAAGGCACUGCCUAUCCGGGGUUGACAGCAGUUCAAGGUGAUGCGGUACCAAUGUCAGCACCAGCACCAGCCGCAGCUUCAGCCUCGCCCUUUGCUAGCUCAUCACCUUCACCCUUUUCCGCGCCUACUUCAGCUGCUCCUGCUUUUGGAUCUUCGGCACAGCUAGGCCAGAAAGCUUCUCCAUGGGGAUCAGGGGGCGCAGCCGCUGCUGCUACACCAAGUGGUGGAGGAGCUUUUGGAUCAAGUACCUUUGGCUCGGCGGCACCAGCUGCCGCAUUUGGAAAGCCAAGCGCCUUUGGUCAAUCGUCCCAGCUAGGUAUGCGAGCUAGUCCUUGGGCCUCUGCUGGCGCCAGUAUGGGAGCAGGAGCAGGAGCAGGAGCAGCUUCCACUCCAGCCUUUGGACAAUCGGGCUUUGCUAGCUUUGCGAAUAAAGCCUCUCAAAGCCCAUUUGGAGGCACCGCUGCAAGCACUGCUCAAACCUCUGCGCCCGCUUCUUCUGGAGGGUUCGCCGGGUUUGCCUCUCAAGGGGGAUUUGCUUCUCUUGCUGGUAGCAAUACUAACAAUACCGGGUCUAGUGUCUUUGGCAGCGGUGGUAAGCUGGCUGGAACUGGAAGCGCAUUUGGAACUGGAGGUGCAUUCGGAUCUGGUUCAGCAGACACUGCCUUCUCAUCAAAGGCUUCAGGAAGUGCGUUUGGUUCCACUCCAGACAAGCCAGCCGGUAGUGUUUUUGGGUCCACUCCAUUCAAACUAGAAAGCUCAUUCAAGCCUGAUCCAUCCGUUCAAGAAGAUAAUAACAAAGCACCUGCACCCUCUGGAUCGUCAAUGUUUGGAUCGGCUUUUGGAUCAGCUCUCAACGAUGCCGAAAGCAAGGUCCCUGAUGAAGAUAUGGAUACUGGCGAACCUUCCGAAGAGUCUCCGAAAGCUGGAUCUACAACCCCAUCAGCAACACCCGCACCGGCGAGAUUCGGUGCCCCAUCCUCAACCACUGGCACUGCUUCAGUUUUCGGCCAACCAAGCAAACUUGACGCUACAUCUGGACUUUUUGGUGCCAAAACGGAUGCUCCACAAACUACAGGAACUGGAUUAUUUGGAUCAGGAGGCACCACACCCAAACCAGCAAGUGGUGGCUUAUUUGGAACUAAGACUGAGUCAAGUAAACCUGCUAAUUCUGGAACAUUUGGGUCUGCGUCUUUUGGAAAUAAUUCAAAGCCUGCUGAGGCUCCUGCAAGCAAAGGUGGGGACAUAUUCGAGACACCUCUUCCUCCAGAUACAACAAGCAAAUCAUCUUAUCUAAUCGGUGAUUCUUCAGACUCAUCCACCACAUCUACCGCUUCUAGCCUUUUUGGAAGCGGCACAACCUCUAAGCAGAGCACCCUCUUCUCUUCAGAUAAAACUGCUGCAGCUACGGUCAACCCAUUCGCCACUACCACAUCAAAGACUACGACAACGAAACCCAAUCCUUUCUUGACUGGUAUCCCCAAGCCUUCGGAGGAGAAACCAACAGUAAUCGAAGACGCUCCUCUGCCUCCUGACCCAACUAAGGCAAGCAUUUUCUCCAAAGCAGCAGCUUCGGCGUCACCGUCGAGCUUCGCGCUCCCUACAGCUUCAUCCAAGAGCCAAUUAAGCGGAGCCCCUAUUCCAGAGUCUGAAGAUGAGGAAGAGGAAGAGGAAGAGGAAGAUGAGGAGAGAGAGGAGGAGGAGGAGGAGGAGGAGGAAGAAGAGGAAGAAGGGGAAGAAGAAGAGGAAGAAGAGAGCGAAUUAGAUGACAAUGCAUCUGAGGGUAGUGGAAUUGAUGUAGCUGAAGACCUCAGCCCUACGCACACUCCGGAACAGCAACGACCACGACCACUUUUUGGGGAGCUCAGCCAGAGCGCAUCCGCGAUUCCCCAACCAAGCACCCCAAGCCCUCGGGUACCAAGCCCCUUGCGAGGCGGAGUGGGGAACCGUGCCCUUUUGUCGGAUGCGAAUAGAUCUGCCAGUGCACCGAGUGUGGCUUCCCAGGCUCUGGGACCUAAGCGAUCACAACUCGUUGCAUCAACUACUGCAGGCAAAGAUAAGGCUGCUGCUGAAGAUGCAUUCAUAACGCAGUCAAGAAAGUUACGAGAGCGACAACAGGCCGAAGAGGGUCGGGUAUUGAUUGACGAAGAGGAUGAAAGUGUGCAAAGACUCCUCGCGUCUGAAAUUGAAGGCAAAUUGGUCCUGGAUGAAUUUAUCGCUCAUUCAAAUGUUGCGCCACCAGCCCAGGAAAGCAUUCCUGCGCAGGUCGAAGCUGUUUACCGAGAUAUUAACUCAAUGAUUGAUACCCUUGGGCUCAAUGCUCGGUCUGUAAGAGCCUUUACAAAGGGCCAUACCGAUAACCGCAUUCCAGACGGAAGAACCCCAGACGAUCUCGAAGACCCCGAUGAUUGGGUUCUAUGUGAAAUUGGUGACCUUGGGGAGAUUCUCGAUAUUGAGCUUUUUGGCGACCUGGACGAUGGUCGGGUACAGGACCUGAGCGACAAACUCGAGGCCUGCCAAGACCUAGCCAGGGAUAUGCACCGGCUCCGAGCCAAGCAGGAGGAUCUGAAGAGGAUUAUCAUGGCGAGAGUGGAUCCAAACCAGGCUGACGCUGCGCGGUCACUUCCUCUUAGUGCAGAGCAGCAAGCACAGCAGAAUGAACUGAGGCGGGAGUACACGAAUUUUUCAAAACUUCUCGCUGAAGCAGAGGAGGCAUUGACUCUUCUCAAGGCUCGCAUGGCAUCCCUCUCAAGCGCCUCCGGCAGGGGGUCUACAAACGUCCCCACUGUGGAAGCCGUGAUGAAGACGAUCACCAAGAUGACGAGCAUGGUAGAGAAGCGUAGUGGAGAUGUCGAUGUUUUGGAAACACAGCUGCGACGGAUGCGACUGGACUCUCCUAGUAGGGAUGGAUCUCCUUUCCGAACGUCGCAGGCAAGGAGAAGCAUCUUGCUCGCUCCUGACGCGACCCCAUCUCGCAAUUUCCGCCAGAGCCUGUCUGGAAGCCUAUCCGGGAGUGUCAUGUCUGUGUCCAGUUCGAUGCAUACACCACGAAAGAAGGUCAGCGGUUUCAGUAGGGAAGAAAAGGGAGAUCUUAUGGACAAGAGAGCCAAGCGGCAAGCAGUGCUCUCCAGAUUGAAAGAAAGCGUACAGAAGAAAGGCGUCAGUGUAUGGAAUAUGGAAGAUAUUGAGUGA